UUCUGGAAGCUUCUGUCUCUUCCAUACUUCCUGAGAAGCCAAGCGGGUCCAGGCUGCCAAUUUUCACCACGUGGCCGAUGUUAAUCUGGGCAAAGGAGGAGAGAUUUAUUUUACAGAUGUCACAGCCAGGAGAAGAACAAAAAAGGCCUGGAUGGAGGAGGGGUCGGAAAUGAAGGAGAGAUGAUCCCUUUCUCCCUCUAUAAAUCAGCCUCUUCCAAAGAGCUGAUUUUUCCGCUGCUGAACAUUGGGUGCCAGACUGGCUGGGGACUUGGUGACUGGACUGGGAACCACAUCUCUCUGUACCAUGCAGAACGGCCUGGGACCCGCUUGUAUCUUCUUGCGCAAGAACAUUGCUGACAAGCAGAGGCAACGUGAACUGAGUGGAGAUGAAAUUGAAGAACUCUGUGAAGCCUUUCAGGAGUUUGACAAGGACAAAGAUGGAUAUAUCAGCUGCAAAGAUCUGGGUAACCUCAUGAGGACAAUGGGGUACAUGCCAACUGAGAUGGAACUCAUAGAGCUGUCUCAACAGAUCAACAUGAAUCUUGGGGGACACGUAGCUUUUGAUGACUUUGUAGAGUUGAUGACCCCAAAACUGCUGGCAGAAACAGCGGGCAUGAUUGGUGUUCAAGAGAUGAGAGAUGUCUUCAAGGAGUUUGACACAAAUGGGGAUGGCAAGAUCACCUUGACUGAGCUGCGUCAGACCAUGCAACGGUUGAUGAGUGAGACGAUGACCUCUCAAGAGAUUAAUGAUAUGGUGAAGGAUGCUGACGUUAAUGGAGACGGGACUGUGGAUUUUGAAGGUGAUAUCUGGCAAUAUAAAAUUGAUGGAAAGAGAUUACAGGAUUAGGGAAAUCAGGGUGAGAGAUUAAAGUAUUAAAGCUCUAGAGAGAUCGGAUUUAGAAGCACAGAGUGACAAGAUACAGGCUUAAAUGGGUUUGGAUAAUAGAUUUAGAAAUUUAUUUAUUACGUAGUUCCAAUUUCAUGGAGAUUGGAGCUCGGCUGCAAUUUUCUCCCAUCCGGAGCAGAUUUUUGAAGUUUGAAGGACUAAGGUAAAUAUUAUAGUAAUAUUUCCUAUUAAGCUAUAUAUUUCUCUUAUCUAAGAGUUUAGUGUGUUCCAUCUUUAAAAUGUAAAAAACAGGAACAUUUUAGUGGCACCCCAAUCCAUUAUUUUCCUCAACUCCUUUGCAUUAUAAUUGUACUGAUUUAUACCAAGAAGAUAUUUAUUGCCAGAGAUCUGAACUAGAGAGGAAGAGAGAGAGAGAGAAACUUUUGAACUAACUGCUGAAUGAGGGGUGAUAAGAGUUGAGGUCACCAGUUUGGAAAGAUUAGCCUCUUCUAAUAGAAAAUCAGAAGAUCACAUCUUAAGACCUUAAGAUGAAGGGUGUGCCAUUUCCAUAGUUGUAUGAUAUGAUCAAAGGAAACUUGAUCUGUACCUAAUCAGGCAACAGAAUAAAUUUAGAUCAGCUUUCUAGUCCUUAACAACUGCAAAAAGGGACCUUAGUUGCUUUAAUUCCCCUAUUGCCACAUUUCUGACAGUUAGGCAGAAACCAGUUGAGGUCAUUAAGCAAACUUCAUGGAUGGUGUAAGGAUUUGACAUUAAAACAAUCAGGGCUAGUGUAAGUCUACUAA